UUUAAGAUUUUUUUUACUGCAAACAAGAGCGGAAAUGGCUACUCGUCAAGCAAUGUCUAUUUGCGAUCCGUCGCGGCGGUCAGGGAAUUAUCAGCCAAGCAUAUGGACGGACGAGCGUGUGCAAUCCCUCACGGGCAACUCCACGGUAAAACGAGAAGAGAAUCGUGAGAGAAUAAACGUACUAAAGGAGCAGACCAGGAAUCUGAUACGUGAGAAGCAACAAGUAGCAGAGCAGCUUCAACUGAUCGACCACCUGCAGCAGCUCGGCGUGGCUUACCACUUCAAAGACGAGAUUGUAGAAGUUUUAAGUCGUCUUCAUGCUUCUUUAGACCAUGUGAGCUCGCAGCUGAAGGAUGAUCUGCAUGCCACGGCGCUGCUCUUCAGGUUCCUCAGAGCAAAUGGCUUCUCUGUUUCACAAGAUUUGUUCGAGACAUUUAGAGACGAGAUUGGAAACUUCGAAGUUCGCUGUGAGAACCAGAUCAGAGGGCUUCUGAGUCUGUACGAAGCUUCCUACAUCGAGAAGGAAGGAGAGACUGUGCUAAAGGAAGCCAUGGAUUUCGCGACUGAGCAGCUGAAAGAAUUCAUGGAGGAAGGAUCUGUUCCUGAGUCUGGCGAUCUCAGAGAUCAGCACAGGGGGUUCAUUGAAGCAUUCCGUGGAGACGACACCAUCAACCCUCUUCUCCUGGAGUUUGCUAAGCUCGACUUCAAUAUGGUUCAGGACGCGUACAAGAGUGAACUUAGAGAGCUCUCCGGUAAAUUAAUCUGCAUCUAA